GCAAUUGCACUCCGAAUACAUUUUAUUCGCCAAAAUAUGAACAUACACAAAAAUCAAAAAGCCAACCUUUUAAACACAUUUGCACAAGAUUUUACCGAACUUCUGAAAGAUAGAUCUUUAUACGACUUGAAAAUUAUCCUCCCCAAUGGAAAAACUAUCUUGGGACAUAAAUUUUGCUUAAUGGCUCGUUCCGCGAAGUUCCGUAAAUUUUUUCAAGAAUCAAAUGUCAUAAAUACAGAAACAACACAAAAGAUGGAAGAAAUUCUAUUAGAAAAAAUUGUGGGCACUACUUUUCUAUCAAGUCAAGCUGUAUCAAGGGCAUUUGAAGUGUUGUUCUUUUAUUUCUAUCAUGAUACACUCAAUAUAGGCAACUGGGACGUAAUUAUGGCGAGCAGAGAAAAUAUCGUAGCGUUCAUUCAACUUGUCAGAAUAUUUGAAAUGAGGCAUCUUGUAAAACCCACGUUAGAAAAAAUUGAAGCACAUUUAUCCGCGGAUAAUGCUGUUAAUCUCUUAAACGAAAUCAUGAAAUUGAUUGAUUGCAAUCCUUUGAUUGAUGAUGAAGAAAACGGUUUAAAGAAUUUUUACGAUGAAACUGCCCAUAAGUGCAUCAAAUAUCUUGAUAAUAAAAAUGCACUUCUCGAGAAAAAUUUUAGCGCAUUCAACAUGAAAAAUCUAUCACUUAUUUCUUUAAAUUACCUUUUGAAAAAGAUUUAUUCUAAGAAUAACAUCGCUCGCAACAAUCAAGAGACGAAAAAGUUUCUUCUCAUCGUUAAUUGGUUCAACUCUAAUAAGUCCGAGACUGCUGCCAAAACUCGGGGAAAUUUGUUCCAAAAUAUCGAAUUCUCGUUGAUUCCGGCUGUAACACUCGCGACAAAGAUUUAUGAUAUCAAAGCUAUUUCGCCUGAAAAAUAUCAAGAUGCACUCACUGACAUAGUGAUCCAAUUAGCGAACAAAUACGAGAAACUAAAACCUUCCGCCAAUCCUUCAGAAUUUGUAUAUGAAGUAUGCGCGUCAAAUGAAAUGGCGAACAAUUGUGAGAAACAAGAAUCUUCCGCCCAACAAAAUGUAGAAUGUUUUUCAGUAAAUGAAAAAAGUUACACGACAGAACAAGUUAGCUAUCACCAUGAAGAUGUAUGCACGAUAAAAGAAGCUGAACCACCACACAAAAACCAAGAAAAUAGAUCAUAUAGGAGGUAUUAG